AUGGCUGAAAACUUAACUGACGAAGACGAAGAAAACCGACGCAACAAAAAUUUAGUCAAAGCCAUAUACGAUCUCCUCAAGAAAGAAGGAAGUCUCGAUUUACAACAAAAGGCGAAUGAUUUAGCAAAAGAACAAAAACUUCGCAGUGAUAUCUUUAUCCAUGAUUGGAGGAAACAUCGAUUCUAUCUUUCGGUGACAUCUGGUGUCUUUCGAGUUUUUCACAUACAAUCGAUCAACCAAAUCGGUGUGAAGCUAGCACCAUCGAGCUAG